AUGUCGAACUUCAUGCACAAGGUCAAAGAAGCCGUUACUGACCACCACGAGAAAGACGACGUGCCCACCAACGAACCUGCCGGAACCCACCACACGUACAGAUCCACCAACCCCUACAACAAGGACCCUGUUGCGGCCCAGCAGAACCCAUCCAUGAUGAAUGCCGAAUCUGGAGCAGGAACUGGCCGAGGCUCUGGCAACCAUGGUGCUGCUAGAGGACCUGAUACAUACGACACAACCACUACAGGGGCUAAUACAAUCAAUGCUGGCCCUCACAACUCCAAGGUAGCCAACAAGUUGGAUCCCAGUGUUGAUAGUGAUCUUGAUCACCGCGCCCAGCACCCUGGAACAAGGGGUGCAACGGGAACCCAAAAUGUCGGCGCUGCGCCCCAGACUACGAACACCGGUAACAUGGCCCCUGGCAGAGAGAAUAUGGCUCCCAGCGAGCAGCCCCGCGCCUUCGGCACAGAUACUCAUACAUCCAACGAGGACAAGUACAACAAGGCCACUCAAGAGCAUAAAGCCCACAAGCAGCCCGGCGUUCCCGGUUCCGGCAAUCAGAUGUCCAGUGAGGAUAGCUACAGCAGCUCCACGCAGGAAAACAAGGCCCACUCUACCACUAGUCACACUACGCCUUGUCAGAUGAAACCUACGGCUGAGGAGCCGGGUCCUCAAGGCCGUGCUACCCAGCCAGAGUUUGGUGGCAGUGCCGCUGGAGGUAGUAGCUAUGCCCAGCCACCUGUCCGGGAGCAAGCUGGCAUGCAGAACACCAAUAGGACGGGUAAAGUCGAUCCACAAGCCCAGGGCAUGGGUUAUCAGCAGAGUGAUAUUGGCAACCAGAGGAGCGGAUAUUAA